AUGGCUUCAACUGAAGAACCCAUGCCUCCUCCCCCUGCACCGGUCGAGGCCGAGGGAGAGAAUCUCCCGCCCGCUACUCCCGUCGAGUCGAGCAUUCUUUCGGGAAGUGAGGAACCCAUCACGAGUCCUGAGGCCGGGAAGGAGAACACCAGAAUGUCCCCGGCGAAGAAGAGCCCGACAUCUAGUAGCACUACAUCUACCACCAAGCGCCCGCUGUCUGGUUCGACAACCACGAAGCGGCCGACUUCCAUGUCAUCCGCUCCCAAAUCCACCACAUCCUCGCGUACGUCGAUGGGCGGCACUACUUUGAACAAACCUCCUACUCGUCCCCCAACGACAACAACAGCCCGCAAGCCAUUGACCUCGUCGACUGCGGCCUCCCAUCGGUCUCGCGCGUCUGUUAGCAGCUCCGCAGAUGAGAAGCCACGGUCCGUGGCCAGCUCCGGUGUGGCCAGCUCUGGAGACGAGCGGAGGGGGAUCUCAGGAACAGCCAAGCGUAUGUCCUUGGUCGGCAGUGCCUCCACGAGAGCUCCCGUGAAAUCAACUACGUCUUCUCUGGAUCGGAGAUCAAGCGUGGCUGGCACCACGGCAGAGAGGAAACCCGCCACGGCUCGCCCGAGCUCUAUUUCCUCGACCAAGCCUGUGACUAAGCCCGUCACAACUACCGCUACAAGCCGCACGACCACCACGUCGCGGACAGCCACCAAGCCUUCCACGACCACUACCAGACCUUCUACCGCUACUUCGGAGGCUCGGAAGAGACUUAGCACCGUUGCCGCGAGCAAGAACACCGAAGAGGAAGCGGAGAAGCUGCAGGAUCUCCAGAACAAGCUGUCCGAGAGCGAAGCCAGUGUGACAAGCCUCAAGGCGGAGCUGGAGGCAGUGAAUGAGAAGCUGGCCAACCUGUCUGUUACUCAGGAAGGAUCAUCAACCCAGAACGAUGCUACCGCCGAUACUCAGGCUGAGCACGCUGCCGAAAUCGAAAAGAUUAAAGCUGCUCAUACUGAGGAGCUCACGGCUUUGCGAGCCCAGUUAGAAGAGGCAGAAGCUAAGCGGAAAGAGCUGGAAGAAAAAUCGCUCAAAGACUUGGACGACGCCGCCAAGUCAGCAACAGAGGAAGGUGACGAUAAGACCGCCGCUGUGCUCGAGGAAUUGAAGCAAGCCCACCAGGCCCAGCUCCAGGAGCUUGAGAAAGAGUUGGCCGAGCAAAAGGCUGCAGUUGCUGGAUAUGCCGAACAAAUCGAUACUCUCAAGGGUGAAUUGGAGUCUCAGAAGUCUAGCCUGGAGGAAGCCAACAAGGGAUUCCAGGAAGAGAAGGCAUUGGCUCUCGAUGGCCUUGAACGUGAACUCAAGGGCCGCGACCAAGUUAUCGAAAACCUCAACGCUGAAAUGGAAAAGCUGAACAGUUCCAAACAGCAGGAAAUCCAAGCCGCUGAGGAAUCUGCCAAGGAAUCCGUGUCCGCGCUGGAGGAGAAGGUUGCUUCUCUGGAGGCAAAGCUUGCUGAAGCUGAGUCCGCUACUCAGCAGGGGGAUGAAACGGCCACUGCUAUUGCCGACAAGGAGAAGCAGGUUUCUGAGCUCAAGCAGGUUAUUGAGAAGUUCCAGGUCGAGCUUCAGGAGGCGCGCGAAGCCACCGCCGACGAGCUGGCAGACAAGAUCAAGGAAUUGGAAGCUUCCCACGAAGCUGCUAUCGCCAAGCUUAAGGAUGAACACGAUGAAGCUCUGGCCUCCGCUGCAGCUGCCCACGCAAAGGAACUGGAAGUGGCCAAGGAGGCUGCGGAAUCCGCCGGUAACACAAACUCUGAGCAGGUCCAGGAGCUUCGAAAUGCGCUUGAGGCUGCUGAGGCUGCUGAGGCUGCGGCGAAGCAAGGAAAGGAAGAUGCUACCAGCGACCUUAAAGAUGCACACCAGAUCGAACUUCAAGCUCUUCAGGAAAAGCUGAGUGCAUCGGAGCAAGCUCUCAACGAGGCUCGUCAGGCUGUAGAGGAUGGAGCCAGCUCUGCCCAUGCCGUUGCUGUCCAUGAAAUCGAGCCCCUGAAGGAGAGAGUUGGCGAAUUGGAGUCAUUGUUGUCAACUGGACAGGGCGAGAUCAAGUCUUUGCAGGAUGCGAUUCAGAGCAAACAGGCGGAGGCAGAGGCACUACAGCAGAGUCUGAGUGCCAUCGAAGACAAGAGCAAGUCGAAGGACAGCGAACAGGAAAGUAAGCUCAACGAGCUCGAAGAGAAGGCUGCUCUUGCUCAGAAGGCCCUCGAGGAGCAAUCUCAGCAAGCCGCUUCUGCGGCUGAGAAGCAUGCGGAGGCCCUGGAGGCGUUGAAAGCUGAACAUGCUGCGGAGCUGGAGAAGUUGAAGGGUGAGGCAUCUGGAACCCAGGAAACAGCACUGAGUGAGCUCCAGGCCAAGCACGAUGAGCUAGUAUCUGCCAACCGGGAACUGGAAUCAAGCCACGCGCAAAAGGUCGAACAACUUGAGGCCGAGUUGAAGUCAGCCCUUGAGCGCCAUGCUGGCGAGAUUGCAUCGCACACUGAAGUUAGAGAGAAGGAAGUUGCUGAGCUCCAGAAAUCGUUCGAGGAAAUCAAGGCCAACUUGCAGGCUGAGCUGGAGAGCUCUAAGUCCUCCAAGAGCGCCGAAGCCGAAGCAGAGCACAGUAAAGCGAUCGAAGAACUCCUUGGUGCUCAAGAAUCCAAGCUUUCUAGCCUUAAGUUUGAAUUGGAAACCGCCAACCAGGCCAAGCUUGAAGAGCUCCAGAAAUCCCACGACAAUGCACUGGCCGAGGCCAAGGAACAGCUGGCCCAGGCUAACGUGGCAGCACAGGAUACUUCGGCCCUGGACAGUCUGAAGGCAACCAUCACAGAUCUUGAACAGAAGCUGGCGGAUGCCGAGAAGUCGACUACUGCCGCACAUGAAGAACUUUCCGGCAAACACAGCGCAGAGAUCUCGAAGAUCGAGGCUGAGAAGGCUGAGCUUGAACAGAAACACCAGGUCGUUAGCAGCCAGAUGGAAGAACUUCAAAACUCUUUGACUGCUUCUGAGAGCAGCAAGUCGGAACUGGAGACAGUGUUGAACCAGCUCAAGGUAUCGCAGGAAGAGCUUGCCCAAAUCAAGUCGAAGCACGAAGCCGUGACCGAAGAACUCGAUGAAUCCAGAACCCAGGCCCGCACUAUGGAGGAGAAGCUCACCCAGGGUGAGAAGAACCUGAAUGACCAGAUUGAGAGGAACAUGUCCUUGCUUACCCAGCUUGGGGAGGUGGACUCAUCAAUCUCGGCCAGCCGUAAGCGGGUCCGCGAGCUAGAGGCUGAAUUGGCCGCUCUGAAGGCGGACGGAUCCAAGGGGGUGGGACUGGAAGGAAGCCGGUGGGCAGAGCAGGACAAAGCUGGAGAAGAGGCUGGUCCAACCGCAGCGGAAGGUGAGGACCUUGGAUCAUCCAUUGAGGGAACGGUGGGACAUCCCCGUUUAACGUCCUACUUUUCGGGACUCUCUAUGGCCAGCAUCCAGGAGCAGCUUAAGCAAAUCCGCACAGCUAAUGAUGAUUGGUCCGACGAGCAACGACGACUCAUGGGCGACCUUGGCCAACUGUCGCAGGGAGCGGCACCAGGUUCCCUGGGCCACUCUUCCACGUUUCAACCUGAGAACACGAGCGCCGGAUCGGACGAGACUAAACGCAACGGUGGGGAAUCAUCAUGA